UAGUGGUUUUUGUUAUCAUUUGUUGUUUAAAAGAUGAGUAGCCAAGAACUAAAUGGUAGAAAAGUCGAAAAAUUGAAUUUUCAUUUAUAUUUCUCAUCAUUAACAUGUGAUUUGCUUUAUCUAACCAUUGGAUGUUUCCACAUAUGGUCAUCUUCAGGACUACCUCAGCUAAUGUCACCGGAUACCACGAUCAAUCCAUUACCUGCUCCAAUUACAACACUUCAAGUCUCUGUCAUUACGUCAUUAAGCCAUUUGAUUAUGCCGAUAGGUAUAAUAGCUAUGACAGGAUUAGCCGAUAUAAUAGGAAGAAAGAAGUCUAUGUUAUUGGUAGCGAGUAUAUAUAUAACAAGAAUAAAAAACCGCUAA